UGCACUGCAUAAAUAAAGCUGCUUACCUUGUGUUGCCUAAAGCAUUCCCAGGCCUCUCCAUUGCCUUUCUUCCUUCAUUUUUUCCCCCACUCGCUGCCAUGGCCGCCAGUGAGGUGUGUAGCCACACCCCCUCACCCUGGUCAACACCACAUCUGAACGUAUAAAUGGGAGGAAAUGGAGGAGGCAAAAGUGCAGUGCGAUGGAGCUUAACACAUUGAAGUGGGUACUCCGAGUCGCGGCGUUUCUUCUGCUCUGGACCAGCGGCGGCGCGGCGGCCCCAAUGCUGUGCCACUUCAACUCCAGAGCGCUGUGUGUGUUUGAGGGGCGCCACUACGCGCUGGGCGAUACUUGGCUGGAUGACACCUGCAUGCAGUGCACCUGUCUGCAGCCGGCCGGCGUCGGAUGCUGUGAAAUGGUACAACAGCCGGUGGAUUUCCCCGCUUGGUGCGAGGUGCGAGUGGAGCCGGUGAGCUGCAAGGCAUCCCUUGUCCUCACUGCGGACACGCGCCUGCCUUGCGUUCCAGGGGAGCGCAUGACGGACCCCAGCCACGGGUCGCUUCAGAUACACAACCAGCUUGCGGGCUUGACACGUCGGCGUUAAAGUGAAACCAAAAGUUAUGCUUUGGUUCAACAUUUUUAUUAAUGUGUAUAUAUAUAUUCAUUGUCUUUUGUUUUAUGCGUCAGAAUUACAAUAUUUUUUUUCCAAGUAAACACUUCAAGCAAGCAUGCUGAACCUUCUAUUUGGAGAAGAGUGCAAUUUUUUUCCAAGUACAAUAUUAGAGAGUGCUAUAUUCCUUAUUGAAAACGCAAUACACCCCCAAAAAGAUUUUUUUUGAAGGGGGCGGGUACAGAACAGCUAAAUAUAAUUUCCAUUGUUUUUUUUCCAUACAGCUUGAGUGUACCUGCCAUUAUUUUGCUGACAGAGAUCGAUGAAC